AUGGCGUUAGUGUGCGUUCUUGACGCUCAGCCCUCAUUUUUUGUGAAGAUGGGACAUUCCUGCAUUAGUGCUUCUCAUUCAAGAAGCGCUGUGACCACAACAGCCAUUCCCGUCAAAUCUAAGGAGGAUGAGAAAGUGAGGGAGCAAUUAAGACCGAGAGAAAGGCAUGUGCGAGUGACUCAUUCGAUGGCGCAGGAAAAACUGGAGAUUUUCAGGUCCUUGGAUUCGUGGGCAGAGCAUAACAUCUUGCCAUUAUUGAAGCCAGUGGAAGCUUCAUGGCAACCAUCUGAUUUCCUGCCUGACUUCUCGUCCAAUUCUGGCCAUGAACAAGUAAAGGAAUUGCAGAAAAGGGCAAAGGAGAUUCCAGAUGAUUGCCUCAUUUGCCUGGUUGGAGAUAUGAUCACAGAAGAAGCUCUGCCGACAUACCAAACUUUCAUUAAUGGGCUAGAUGGUGUCAGUGAUGAGACUGGUGUAAGCCAAAGUUCAUGGGCACUUUGGUCGAGGGCAUGGACUGCUGAAGAGAACAGGCAUGGGGAUCUACUUAACAAGUAUCUUAUGUACACUGGAAGGGUGGACAUGAAACAAGUGGAAAAGACGAUUCAGUAUCUUAUUGGCUCAGGAAUGGAUGUGCAAACGGAAAACAACCCCUAUCUUGGAUUCAUUUACACGUCCUUCCAAGAGAGGGCUACGUUCAUCUCUCAUGGCAACACUGCUGCACUUGCUCGAAAGCAUGGUGACCUGGACCUUGCCGUGAUAUGCGGGACUAUUGCUGCGGAUGAGAAGCGACAUGAGACUGCUUACACCAAGAUCAUCAAGAAGCUAUUUGAGAUUGACCCUAAUGGCGCAGUCGAAGCAUUCGCCCUCAUGAUGAGGAAGAGAAUAUCCAUGCCCGCCCAUCUCAUGUACGAUGGUCGGGACAACAAACUGUUUCAGCAUUUCUCUACUGUUGCUCAGAGGUUGGGGGUCUAUACUGCAAAAGAUUAUGCAAACAUAGUUGAACACUUGGUGAAGAGGUGGGAUGUAGAGAAGCUUAGUGGCCUUUCCAGCAAAGGGCAGGAAGCCCAGGACUAUGUUUGUAGUCUGGCACCAAGGUUCUGGAGACUCGCAGAAAGAGCUCAAGAAAGGGCCAACAAGUCCAGAAAACAUGUGCCAUUUAGUUGGAUAUUCAAUAGACAGAUUCUUUUGUAG